GAAGAAAGAGCAAGGUAAAAGGACCAUGAGCAAUAAUUACGACAUUACUACUCCAGAAGUCGCCAAUAGCGGAGGUAUCAAUUCCUCUGUGGUCAUUUUGAACGAGUUUAGAGAGAGAAGCAAAGACGGAGGAGAUGUGGCCAAUAUCUCGACAACAGCAGCGACUAAUGGAGCCGCGCAGAGAAGAAAGAUUUGUCUCAUUGCAAAGUUGCAGUGCCUGUUUUUUACCAUGAAAAUUUUCGGAUUGCUGUACGAAGAAUAUAACACUCAUCACCCAAGCAACAUUGUACGUGGUCGAUGGAUUUGUACUUUCACGAAACGUGUGUAUCAGUUUUUUGUGUUGUUGGUUCUCUGGUUUAACGUAGGAAGGGUGUUCGCUUCAUUUUGGCUUGAUGAGAAACUGCUCAGUACCGACUACAGUCAGGCAGCCGCUGUCUUGCUUUGGUCCCUGCAAACCGCCUUACAAGCGUCUAUCUGCGUCUACACUAUGCAAAUCACAUCCAAAAAGUCCCCUUUGAAAAGCUUGUUGUUAUAUUGGAAUUCGCAGCCCAACUUUGACGAGUUAGUGGUAGAGCCCUUCAUGGUACAAUGCGUCACGCGAACUCUGAUUAUAACAUAUCUCUUUAUGGCGAUAAAUGCUGUGUUUUAUGGCCUUGUUUUGUUUUAUCCUUCGGAAUCGAUGCUAUAUCUUGCUCGUGCAUUCCUGUCCCCAUUCCCGCUCGACAACAUGACUUUAAAGAUCCUCUUCUUUGUGAUAUCAGCUUAUUGCACGGCUGUUUGGGUGUUACCGUUUGCUAUCUUCACAGCCGUUUGCCUGACUUUAAUCCAUCAAUGCAGAAGUCUUAGAAAGACACUGCGCUUGACUGCUUCGGCUAGUGAAGUGAGAAGAGUCAAGACUUUAAGACAACAACAUUCGUCAUUAUGCGGCUCUGUGAGAAAAGUGGACGACUUAUUCAAAUUUGUAACUCUCGUGGUUUAUGUCACCAACAUACCACUAGUUUGUUUUCUUUUCUAUCGUUUGAUUUUCGUCAAGAAUAACGAUGCGACGACUUAUGUGAUCAUGAGUUUUUGGUCCCUUGUUGUGCUCUUUGCAAUGGUGAGUGUAUCGUUCCUUGGGGCCCAUUUGAACAGCAAGAUUCAUUCUUUCACGGAAGUUGUGCAGAAAGUUCAAAUAGCUAACGUGGACUUGGACACUCAUACAGAGUUGAUGCUGUUCGUGGCGAAGUUAAACGGGGACCCUGUAGCAAUUACUGCAGGAGGACUAGUACCCAUUACAAAACCGCUGAUUGUAACGGUAACUGGUGUGGUCAUUACUUAUUUUACUCUUUUAUAUCAAUUGGAGUGAGGCGAUAUAUUGAUCAAAUAUCGAUCGAUCUCUCCCUGAACAUUCUUUAAAUUCAGUUCAUGUGUAUGAACAAAUA